AUGACGACCCAGCUCCUGGCCACGGAGCUAACCAACCUCAUCCAAGAGAGCAAACGGAAACACAAUGACCUCCGACAGGCUGCUGAAAAGUCUCUCGAGGAACUCAAAGCGCUUAGAGGAGCUAAUGAAGCUCAAGCUGCCAACGAGCUUGCCCAGAGACCCAACUUUGUGAAUCCCUUCAUCAUCGCAUGUGGCACCAAGAAUGCAAAGUUUACUGGAAUCGCCAUUGUAUGCCUCCAGAGGCUCAUCGUCGCCCGUGCUCUUCCCAGGGGGAAGUUGAACCAGGUCCUCGAAGCUCUGAGAGAGGCAACCUCGGCUGGUCUCGACGUUCAACUCAAAAUCCUCCAGGCUUUGCCGUCAUUAUUGCAAAAUUAUGCCACUGAUCUCAAAGGCGACCUUCUCAUCACCGCUUUGAACAUCUGCUUCAUACUGCAGUCCAGCAAAAAUGCUAUCGUCAACAACACCUCUGCGGCAACCUUACAACAGCUCGUCGUGUCUGUGUUUGACAAGGUCGUUGCCGAAGACAAAACGGCUUCCAGUGGCCCUCCCGCUGGCGAGGCGCCGUCCGGUGAGGGCACAGUUGAGCUGCGCGCUGCGGCGCUGGAUGCGUACAGGAUAUUCAACGACUUAUGCCUCAUGACGGAAAACCAGCGCCCCGAGUACCUGAGAUUCUCCGGUCUGCCACAAACAUUCGGACUGGAACUGAUAGAGUCGGUUCUUACCAACCACGCCGCCGUCUUUUCUACCCACAAAGAACAAGCACACAUCCUACAGAUUCGGGUCAUGCCAUUCAUCACUAGCGCGCUGAAAGGAAAGCCAAACUUUGCUACGUCCGUCAGGCUGGUUCGGAUUCUGUACACCCUCCUACGACGCCAUAUCAACAUUCUCCCAACCGAAAGCGGAGAUGCACUUGAUAUCCUGACGCAUCUACUGGACCAGGACACGGCGACAUGGAAGAGAGCACUGUGUUUAGAAGUGUUCCGAGGUAUCUUCUCAGAGCACGCCUUGAUCAGACGGAUCUUCGUCAACUACGAUGCCAAAGAAGGCGAGAAGGAUGUCCUCAAACACUUGACCGCCACCUUUGUGCGGCUUAGCACCGAGAAACCGUCUGUUAUUGGUCUUGGACACCAAUCAACAAUCCCGGUUAUGAACCCUUAUGCUAGCAUCGCAUCAUCAACCGAUCAAGCCAUGCUCGAGGCCAGCGGCGUCACGGGUAUCAUCAGCGGCUCCGUCAGCGCAGACGGAUCCAAUGUGGGCAUUAGCACGCAGUGGAGUAGCGUCCGGGUCCCUUGCAUCGACCAGCUCGACAAGACCGAGGCACCAUCUGUUCCGGAUUCUUACAUCUACAGCUUGACUUUGUCUUGCAUAGGAUCGCUCUCUGAAGGCCUUGCCAAGUUUAUCCUUCCCCUCACCGUCCCGGGGGAUAACCGCAAUCGCAAGAAGAGCGGGAAGCAGGAAGUUGGACGUGACUCACCGGCACCUGCACAAGAUGAUACAGACGGAUCACGAGCUGCGUUGGAACGAGCAGCAUCAUUCAAGAAGAACCCCGUCCCGCUCAACCCUCUUGCUUUGGAGGAUCAUCCCAUGCACAAAGAAGUCAAAAUUUGCGCCGCCAUCAUUGAGGAAUGCUGGCCUGCCAUUCUUGCUACCUGUUCUACGUUCCUCUAUGCUGCUAUGGACUCUGAAUACUACCACAGUCUGGUGAGGGCAUUCCAAAAGUUUGCGCAUGUCGCCGGCUUGCUUCAGCUGUCUACCCCAAGAGACGCAUUCUUGACGACGCUGGGCAAGGCGGCAGUGCCACCGAAUGUGUUCACGGCAUGCCUGAAUGCUGGGCCAGCUCGACCAACAACACCCACACCGACCACAGAAGCGCCCAACAGCAUUCUGAGCAACGCACGAGGACUACUAAGUGUCGAUAGUCUUGUCACCCAAGCCUCGCCCGUCGCUGACAGAGGUCGACAGCAAGGUCUUGAGGGAAGCCAGAUGACGCUCAACACUCGUAAUCUACUAUGUCUGCGAGCGCUCCUUAACCUUGGCAUUGCUCUUGGUCCGACUCUUGGUUCUUCAUGGCGUAUCAUCCUGGAAACCUUGCAGCAGGCCGAUUUCGUACUGUUCUCCACGAGUAAGACUCCUGGCCGAACGCCACUCGCAACGAAGGGAACAGACCAGCAUGCAGAGGGCGAGGCAAAUGCACUACUCUCCAACUUUAGCAGUGAAGUCCGCGCUGUUGAGACGGCAGCAUCUCGUCUGAUCGAAAGCACUAUUGACUUUCCCAAUGAUGCCUUUGCACAAGUCGUUGAGGCGGUAUGCGAUCUCUUGGAAAGAGCAAAAGAUGAUAAGGCGAAGACAGAGACUGCAGCGCAACCAAAGUCGCCCACAUCAGGAGGCAUGAAGCCGUCGCAAGCUGGCCAACACCGUCGUGUUCUCAGUGUCUCUACAGCAGCUGCCGCGGGACCGAAUCAAGAAGACCACUUUGCUCUGGCCAAGCUGGGUGAUAUUGCUACAAUCAAUAUCGAUCGCUUGCUAUCUUACUCUCCAGACAUAUCGGGAUGGACCCCUCUGACUUCUGAAUUGAUCCAUAUCAUCAAUGCGUCUUCAAUGAACGCUUCCGUAAGGCUGCGAGCGGCAGAAAUUCUCGUCAGACUGGCUCUUGAUGCAGCCAACAUUGCGGCCACAAUGGAGCGUGAGCAAUGCGGUCAAGUUCAAUUGCUUCUCCUCGAGGCUCUCCGCGAUGCACUCUUGCCUCUGCAGCAAGAAGAUAGGGAGGUCACCGUCGCCAGUCAUAGCACCGACGUCGAAAUCCACAAGGUUAUCCUAGAAGGACUGAAGAACCUGCUUGAAAACUGUGGCGAGACACUUGUUAGCGGAUGGGAGAUUGCUUUUGAGAUUAUCGGCUCCAUAUUCAUCAACAAAAAGUUCGCCCUUGGAGAACGUCGGGGCUCCCAGACGAACGUUCUCAUGACCAGAUCAGCGAAGCUUGUCCGGUCUUCUUUCAAUUCUCUUCAACUCAUCUGCUCCGACUUCCUAGCGUCUUUGCCGAAUUCCUGCUUUCUCAUCCUUGUCGAUACCCUUUACAAAUUUUGCUCACAAGAUGAUGACCUCAAUAUUGCGUUAACGACUGUCACGUUUUUCUGGGUCCUGUCAGAUUUCCUUUCCGGCAAGACUGAGACCCUUCCUGUCACGGCCGACCUGAUGCAGGGCUCAAGUAUAUCUGAUCUGGCAGCCUUGGCUGCAAAUUCGGAACACAUCGCCUCAGACGCCGCUCUUUGGAUGCUGUUGCUUUUAAGACUCACGACCGUGACAGCCGAUGAACGACUUGAGCUACGCAAUAGCGCGAUUCAGACCUUGUUGAGAAUCUUUGACGCGUAUGGCGAUAAGUUGAGCCCAGAGGCAUGGUCCACCUGCGUCAAGUCUGUGGUUUUCAAGCUUCUUUCAUCGAUAGAGGAAGAACUCAAGGCCGCCGCAACCAACAGUACCACCCUGCAAGACCGCAAAGAGUGGCACGAGACAGCAUCCGUUGUCUUGACCGGUAUUUCCGAGCUCCUUACGACCUACAUGGAGACACUAUCCACGCAUUCCUCAUUUAAUGCCCUGUGGCAAGAGCUUCUUGGUCACUUUGCUACUCUACUCGAUUUUAAGGUGCUCACAAUCAACACGGCCACGUACAAAGCACUCGGCAAGGUCAUCAAGCUCGACUACGAUCCCGGCAGACCCAUUUUUGACACAAACACUGUCAACGCGGCAUGGGAGCUGUGGUCUCGGGGUACGCCCGUCUCUCUAGACGAAGAGGACGGCAAGAAGGCAGACAACCAAAAUUGCUUGAUUGCCUACGUUGCGGCUUUCCACGAUGUGUAUCAACUCGUCCAGCAAGACCUUACAGUUGAUCGUGUCCGCCAAAUGUUGACCCUCUUCCGCGAAGCCCUGCAACAAGCCACAGUCGGAGCCUACGUGAACGACAUUGAGUAUGUCACGCCGCUGCAGAAUCAAGUCAUGGAAGCCAUCAAGAUGGUGCGAACAGACCUCGCUGGCGUGCCCUCAGCCAUGAUCUCCCAGGUGGCGGAGUUCGUCCGCCUAGCCUUCAGCGACGAAGCCCUCAAGGCGCAGAGCGCAACGCAGCGGAGAACAUAUGUAGCUAUGUCGAAAGCUAGCAUGUCCAUCCUGCAAACUCUUAUCCUUCGCAACGCAUCCGACGUAGAUAUUUACGCUAGCGAGGCUUUCUCCUCGGCCCUCUCGGCCCUCUCCAAGCCCGUUGUCCUCAAAUAUGGCUUCCCCAUUGUCACCAAGUCAGCCCAGCCAUGGCGUCUCGCGACCAACUCGAUUCUCGCCAUCUUGGAAGCCACACUGCCUCAGCUCCGCGCCCUCGAAAUCCCCCGCUCGACACUCCAGGACAUGUGGCAGAUGAUUAUCGGAAUCGCCGACGGUAUUGUAAGCGCAGACACCAACGCUGCGCCCUCAUCAGCAGACCUCUCGGACGACGAAUCCUUUGACAUUGCAUCAUUCCACAAACUUCGCGAACUCAUCAUCCCAUCCCUAGGAGCCGAGGCGAUUCCAGACAAGACACGCAAAGCCUACGCCGAAAGCCUCUUCCGGACCUCUAUCAUCCACGACCCCUCGCCGACCGAGUCCUCCCUCCUCUUCGGCUCCAGCAGCGACGGCGCCAACGGCCUCACAGCACUCUACAAAAAACGCACCGGUCGCACCGUGGACCCGCUCCCGACCCGCCGCGACCGUAUGGCCUACGUUUGCGUCGACGAGCUCUUCUCUCUUGUAUCAACAUACGACGUUGAGAGCCUGCGUAUUGUCGUGCAACCGCCAACACCCGCGUUCCCCCCUCCGCGCUCCGCGACCUCGCACCUCUCGGAGGCGCCGCAGGCCCUGCACAUCCGCAUCGCGCGUACCGUCGCGCCCUUUCUCAUCCUCCGCGCAGCGCUGACCGUUCGGGCGUACAUUGCCGACCAGCCCCUGCGAGGCCGCAUGCCGCAGCCGCUUUCGCAGCGAAAGGAGCUGCUGCGCGUGCUCCGGCAGCUGGUCGAUUUGACGUCCGAGUCGGAUGCCAUCCCCAGCACGCCCAACGUCGAUAGUGAGGGAAGGAAGCAUCUGCUGCGGCUGUAUCCCCUCCUCGUCAGCGCUGUGCAGGUAGCGGGCUCUUCUGGAGACGAGGCGGUGUUGAAGCUCUGCGUGGAGGCUCUCGAGGUUGUUGGCGGUGAGCUAGGGGUUUGA